UGCUGCCCGCCCCGUCCCGGCCCCGCUCUCCCGCUCUGCCGGCGGCCGCACCUGCUCCGGCCAUGAUGAGCUUCGGCGGCGCCGAUGCGCUGCUGGGCGCCCCGUUCGCGCCGCUGCACGGAGGCGGCGGCCUGCACUACGCGCUGGGCCGCAAGGCUGGCACCGGCGGCACGCGCUCCGCGGCCGGCUCCUCCAGCGGCUUCCACUCGUGGGCGCGGACGUCGGUGAGCUCCGUGUCCGCCUCGCCCAGCCGCUUCCGCGGAGCCGGCGCCGCCUCGAGCACCGACUCACUAGACACACUGAGCAACGGGCCGGAGGGCUGCGUGGUGGCGGCGGCGGCGGCGCGCAGCGAAAAGGAGCAGCUGCAGGCGCUGAACGACCGCUUCGCCGGCUACAUCGACAAGGUGAGGCAGCUCGAGGCGCACAACCGCAGCCUGGAGGGCGAGGCGGCGGCGCUGCGGCAGCAGCAAGCCGGCCGCGCCGCCAUGGGCGAGCUGUACGAGCGCGAGGUGCGGGAGAUGCGCGGCGCCGUGCUGCGCCUGGGGGCGGCGCGCGGCCAGCUGCGCCUGGAGCAGGAGCACCUGCUGGAGGACAUCGCGCACGUGCGACAGCGACUGGACGAGGAGGCCCGGCAGCGCGAGGAGGCGGAGGCGGCGGCGCGCGCCCUGGCGCGCUUCGCGCAGGAGGCGGAAGCCGCGCGCGCGGAGCUGCAGAAGAAGGCGCAGGCGCUGCAGGAGGAGUGCGGCUACCUGCGGCGCCACCACCAGGAGGAGGUGGGCGAGCUGCUCGGGCAGAUCCAGGGCUGCGGUGCCGCGCAAGCGCAGGCGCACGCCGAGGCGCGCGACGCUCUCAAGUGCGACGUGACGUCGGCGCUGCGGGAGAUCCGCGCGCAGCUCGAAGGCCACGCGGUGCAGAGCACGCUGCAGUCCGAGGAGUGGUUCCGAGUGAGGUUGGACCGACUGUCAGAGGCAGCCAAGGUGAAUACAGAUGCUAUGCGCUCGGCACAGGAGGAGAUAACUGAGUACCGGCGGCAGCUGCAGGCCAGGACCACAGAGUUGGAGGCUCUGAAGAGCACCAAGGAUUCGCUGGAGAGGCAGCGCUCUGAGCUAGAGGACCGUCAUCAGGCAGACAUUGCCUCCUACCAGGAUGCUAUUCAGCAGCUGGACAAUGAGCUGAGAAACACCAAGUGGGAGAUGGCGGCGCAGCUGCGAGAGUACCAGGACCUGCUCAAUGUCAAGAUGGCCCUGGAUAUCGAGAUUGCUGCUUACAGAAAGCUCCUGGAGGGCGAAGAGUGUAGGAUUGGCUUUGGUCCAAGUCCCUUCUCUCUGACUGAGGGACUCCCGAAAAUUCCCUCCACAUCCACUCACAUAAAAGUCAAGAGUGAAGAGAAGAUAAAGGUGGUAGAGAAAUCAGAGAAGGAAACCGUGAUUGUGGAGGAGCAGACAGAAGAGAUCCAGGUGACUGAAGAAGUGACGGAAGAGGAGGAAAAAGAGGCCAAAGAGGAGGAAGAGGGCGAAGAAGAGACUGAAGAGGGAGGGGGAGGAGGAGAAGUCACCUCUCCAGCUGCCGAAGAGGCCGCCUCUCCAGAAAAGGAAACCAAACCUCCUGUGAAGGAGGAGGCCAAGUCCCCAGCUGAAGUAAAAUCUCCAGCUGAGGUAAAAUCUUCAGCUGAAGUAAAAUCACCUGCUGAGGUGAAAUCUCCAGCUGAAGUAAAAUCACCUGCUGAGGUGAAAUCUCCAGCUGAGGCCAAGUCCCCAACUGUGGCAAAAUCACCAGCUGAGGUAAAAUCUCCAGCUGAGGCCAAGUCCCCAACUGUGGCCAAGUCACCAGCUGAGGCCAAGUCCCCAACUGUGGCCAAGUCACCAGCUGAGGCCAAGUCACCAGCUGAGGCCAAGUCACCAGCUGAGGCCAAGUCACCAGCUGUGGCCAAGUCACCAGCUGAGGCCAAGUCACCAGCUGAUGUAAAAUCUCCUGAGAAGGCCAAGACCCCUGUGAAGGAAGGAGCAAAAUCCCCAGCUGAGGGGUCCAAGUCCCCUGUGAGGGAAGAAAUGAAGUCCCCAGCUGAAGUAAAAUCUCCAGAGAAGGCCAAGUCCCCAGUCAAAGAAGAAGCAUCAUCUCCAGCCCAAGUCAAGACCCCAGAGAAGGAAGAGGCAAAAUCACCAGCAGAGGUUAAGUCUCCCGAGAAGGCCAAGUCCCCUGUGAAGGAAGAGGUCAAGCCUCCAGCUGAGGUGAAAUCCCCUGAGAAGGCCAAGAGCCCAGUAAAGGAGGAAUCAAAGUCCCCUGAGAAAGCCAAGACUCUAGAUGUGAAAUCUCCAGAAGCCAAGACUCCAGUGAAGGAGGAAACAAAGUCCCCCACAGACAUCAAAUCUCCCGAGCAGGCCAAAAGUCCUGCCAAGGAGGAGGUCAAGUCCCCUGAGAAGGCCAAGUCCCCUGAGAAGGAAGUUCCCAAGAAGGAAGAGGUGAGGUCCCCUGUGAAGGAGGAUGUGAAAGCUAAAGAACCCCCAAAGAAAGCAGAGGAAGAGAAGACCCCUGCUCCACCAAAAACAGAGGAGAAGGUGAGCAAGAAAGAAGAACCACCCAAGAAGGAGGCCCCAAAGGCCAAGGUGGAGGAGAAGAAGGAAACCCCCGUAGAAAAGCCCAAGGACUCUACAGCAGAAGCCAAGAAGGAAGAGUCUGGAGAUCAGAAGAAAGCAGUGACCCCAGAGAAGGAGACUCCCGCCAAGACGGAGGUGAAGGAAGAGGCUAAAUCCAAAGAGAAGGCAGAAGUGACCAAGACGGAAGUGGACGACACCAAGGCCAAAGGACCCAGUGGACCCGCAGAGAAAGAAGAGAUGCCAGCAGCGCCAGAGAAGAAAGACAGCAAGGAGGAGAAGGUCACAGAGUCCAGGAAGCCCGAGGAGAAGCCCAAGACAGAGGCCAAGGCCAAGGAGGAGGACAAGGGCCUUUCCAAAGAGCCCAGCAAGCCCAAGACGGAAAAGGCUGAAAAAUCCUCCAGCACAGACCAAAAAGAUAGCCAGCCCCCAGAGAAGGCCGCAGAGGACAAGACCACCAAGGGGGAGAAGUAAGCCCGAGACAGAGGGACAUCCAGAACAGCCAAAGAAACUCAGGAGGGUCCCAGUACUCAAGGGUCAGCGUGCUAAAUUUUAUUUCUUCCUUUCCUUUCUGUAAGAAGAAACACUGUUUAGAUGAUGGGUGUGCCCUCACCAAACAGGAAUGUCUAUUAGGAUUACUUAGCAAGAGAAGAUACCCUGAGCCCUGGCCCCCCACCCCCAAGCCCACUCCAGGUGAUGGACAAUUAUGAUAGCUUAUUGUAGCCGAACGUGAUGUAUGCUGAAUGCUACAUGAAAACCACUUGACUAAAAACUGCCCCCUCCUUUCCAAAUAAGUGCAUUUAUUUCCUGUAUGUACAACUGACAGGUGACCGCAGUAAUGAAUGAGCAGUUAGGAAUGCAUUAUGCUUGAAAUGUUGUAACCUAUUCCCGAAUGCCUUCUUGUUUUCCAAAGGAAUGGUCAGGCCCUAGCCCAGCACUCUGUCCAGGGAGAGCUGCAGCAGGUGAGGCGGGGCACUGGCCUCUGAACCAUGCCACGGCGCACUUUCCACUGGACUCCACUUUCAAUUGCUCCCAUGCAAUAAAACCAAGUGCUUCUAAAAUAGAA